AAAAAAAAAGACAUAAAAUAAUUCCGGACCCCAGAAUGCGUCGUGGCCAAUGCGUACUGUCGAUGUCAUGCAAUACCCCGUGAUAAAUUCAUAUCCUCCGCGGCAGUUCGCCAUGGGCUGGUAUCAGACUUUCUCCGCCACUGGAAGCGGGGGGAAAAAGUUAAGGCCGUCGUGGGGACGCCCGACACAGCGACCAACAUUCAUGGCUUCACCGGCGUGCUGAUUGGGUUAUGGCGUCUGGUUUCUGCUAUCAAAUCAUCGCGAACCCCCGGAGAGGCCGCAGCUCCGUUGGCCAGUUCCGCCGCCUUCCCUCUGGCCGGUCUCCUGAAACACCA